AUGCUCACUCCUCGCAGGCCGGUCUUCGCCCUCCUCGUGAUCUCCAAAGCCGGCUCCUUGAUCUACCACCGUACAUUCCCCACGACCAGCCCCGGCACCACCGCCGCUGGCUCCGGCGGAGGUACUGACCCAAAAUCCCAACAGACAGUCGGCACGCUCGGCCUACUCGGAACCUCAACCCUCACGACGAACGACUACCUCGUCCUAGCCGGAACAUUCCACGGCGUCCACGCCAUCACCCGCUCCCUGACGCCCAAACUGCCCAUCACGUCCUCGUCCUCGGCGGGAAGCGGUACGGGCAACGGCAAGACCUGGACAUACCCUGACCCGACGGUCCCGGCGACCGGCAUCGAGAGCAUGGAGAGUUCGUUCUUCCGUCUGACCGUGUUCCAGACCCUCUCGGGGACGAAGUUUUUGCUGUUUACGGACCCGAGCAUGCCCAACACAGACGUGCUAAUGAAGGGCAUCUACGAGCGGUAUGCCGACUAUGUGUGCAAGAAUCCGUUCUGGCAGAUGGAGAUGCCCAUUAGGAUAGACGCGUGGGAAAGGAGUCUGGGACAGUGGUUGACUCGGAGGUGA